AUGGACUCCGACAACCCCCCACAAAAGACGAUAAGAUCGCAUGAACAGAACCAGGAACGCGCCUAUAUCGCCGCCUCAAGGCGAGGCGACCGCAGCAUCGAGGCCCGCCUCCAAUCAGCGCGUCGGGCCAGCGAGGUUCACAAACUGUGGACCGGCAAGGCCCUCUGCGUGUCGAGGGACAUUGUCCUGAAAGAAGAGAUAUACGAGGAGGUGGACGACGUGUUCCCGCGGUCCUACCAGCUCCGAGGACUGCAUCAGCGGCAGUCGUCUGUCAUUGCGGACUCACAGGAGGGCGAAGACCCAAAGAGCCCACUGACGACGACUGAGCUGGCGUCAGGCGAUGACCAGCAACUGCACGAGACCGAGGUGAAUAGCGAUUUUGCCCAAUGCUUUCCCGAGGUCGAUCAGAUCCUCUCCCGACGAUGGUCAACCCAGAGCAUCUUGAUGGUCUCGCCACCGCAGCGUGGCGCGUUCCAGAAUUCUCUGAGCAAGUUGUUUGAUUCCGCGGCUCGAGACAUCAGCUACACCCAAGGCGCCGUCCUUGACGCCGAGAGCCGCUCACUUUCAGACUCGCCGCCGCCUGAGCUGAGGAGGGAUGUCGAGCUGACGCCGCCUAGGCUAGCCAACGAAUUCAAAUCAUUCCCAGCGACUCCUCGAUCGCAGGCGGCAGGGGUUUUCGGACAGGUAAUGCCUAUCGAUUCAAUCCCUGUUUGCAACGGCAACUGUGAUGAAUCUGCAUUGACCGCCGACCUGCCCCCCGAGGCAAACAAGCUGCUGGUAGACGGUGAAAUCAUUGAUCCCGCCUUGUACGACCAGCAGUGGAUGGGUGGCACCGCGCCGUCUGGUCCCUACGCUGUCGACAUGGAUAUGGAGAAGGAUGAUUUUAGCGAACUAUACGAAGAUGGCUUGAAUAUGAUGAGCUGGGAUCCCGUCUCUUGGCCCAAGACAUCUACAGAUGGCUAUUCCUGGAACAUGUUUCAAAACGGGAAUAUGUUCGAGAAUGAUCUCUCAAUGGAACGCAAGGACAGUUCUAUGGAAUGA